CGUGACAUUGUCGGGUUGUGUAAGGACACUGUGCACCACGAUCGCGGAAUAACCGAUAUAUUUGACAACCCCGGUGUGUGGUGUAGUAUAAACAAACUAUAAUACACAUAGUCCAAGGCAUGUGUACAUUACAGCCGAGAUAAGUGUCAACAUGACAGUGAACUAUGUUCAUGCAGUAUGGACACUGCAAUGUUUCAUAAGGUAAAAUGCACAAUUUAGGGACCACACGAAGAAAACAUUGGAAUGAAGGAAACGGAAGACAGGCUAUUGAUUCUCGGAGACAAGGCGCCACGUCAGUUCUUUGUGGUCUACUUGACAUGUGUCGCCACCGUCGGCGGUUUCCUGUUUGGGUAUGACACCGGUAUCAUUUCCGGUUCCAUGCUUCUGAUUCGAGACAUUUACUCCCUGUCAACGUUAUGGCAACAACUGAUUGUAAGCGGUACCAUAGUGACAGCGUCCGUCUUUUCCCUGGUAGCCGGGGUGGUGACGGACAAAUAUGGUCGGAAGUUCGCCAUUCUUUGGUCAUGUGUGAUGUUCACGUUGGGGGCGGCGGUGAUGGGGACAGCACCGGAUAAGGAAAUGCUAUUCGUGGGAAGGUUGAUUGUUGGGGUAGGCAUAGGGUUCGCGUCUAUGUCCGUCCCUGUUUACGUAGCUGAAGCGGCCCCUCCCACCAUUCGAGGAGCCCUCGUCACACUUAACCAACUCUUCAUCACUAUUGGCAUUCUCGUCUCCAGUGUCGUUGCCGGGGCUUUUAGUACUGACAAGGAAAACGGUUGGAGGUAUAUGCUUGGCUUGGCUGGCAUUCCUAGUAUCAUCCAGUUUAUAGGGUUCUUCUUCUUGCCGGAGAGUCCUCGUUGGUUGAUGGCCAAAGGACGCGAAGAAGACGCUAGAAAAGCUUUACAGAAAAUCAGAGAAACAGAGGAUGUGGACACAGAAUUUAACCAGAUCAAGGAAUCCGUGGAAGACGAGAGCUCACAACAACAGGGAAAUGCUUGUGCGACGUUAAGUUUGAUGUUCAAGACUCAGCCAGUUCGUCGAGCCCUGGCUAUAGGGUGUCUACUACAGUUCUUCCAACAGCUUUGCGGCAUCAACACCGUCAUAUAUUACAGCGCCAGUAUCCUCCGAAUGGCCGGUUUCCCUUCCCAGCAGGCCAUCUGGCUGGUUUGUGUUCCGAAUGCCGUCAACAUGCUCUGUACUUUUAUAGGGAUCUACUUGGUGGAGAAAUCUGGUCGAAAAUUAUUAACUCUUAUAAGCUUUGUUGGCGUCAUUAUAGCAUUGAUAGUGCUAGCUGUUGGCUUCCAACUCUCGGUAAAACAUUCUCCGGACAUAUUUAUGACAGAACCGUCCAACGACACAAAAUGCAUUGCAUUUUCAGUAUGCAAUGACUGUAUCACGGAUUCUGAUUGUGGGUACUGCUUUGAAAAGGGCAACAUGUCCAGCGGGUCAUGCCUGCCCACUAUGGAAAAGCAUACCGAACGGUACGCCAAUCCGGAAUUCAAUUCAUCGUUCCGAUGUGACGAGGCAAAUUAUAAUAUGGACUCCCCGAAGUACACGUGGGCCGAUAACUUCUGUCCUACUGAUUAUUCGUGGAUGGCUAUCCUUGGUCUUGCUCUUUUCGUCAUCGGAUUCGCCCCAGGACUUGGACCUAUGCCUUGGACUAUUAACUCCGAAAUCUACCCCACAUGGGCCAGGAGUACUGGCACAUCACUCGCCACCGCUGUCAACUGGAUCGCCAAUCUCAUUGUGUCGAUGACGUUCCUCUCGCUCCUGGAAGCCAUCACUACAUACGGUACAUUCUUCUUGUUUGCCGGUAUAUCUCUGAUAGGACUCAUCACUAUUGCCGCUAUACUUCCGGAAACCAAGAACAAGACUCUGGAGGAAGUACAGGAACUCUUCAUGUCGAAGGAGUAUAAAUCACAGCAACACACGCCUGGACAGUACGCAACGGAUAACAUGGCGUUCGAGGAAAAGGGUUCUAAACUGUAACGUUAUAUUAGUUGGAGAUCAUCUAGAUCAUAUAGGGGAACAGGUGGUGUCCGAGAGUCUGAAAAGGAGGAAGAAAUGAUACUUUACAGUUAACAAAGGUUUACCGAUAGAUUCCAUGACUCAAUGUCGAUUUACAUUUACCCUACUCUUCUUCAUCUGGUAUGAAAUGAAGCCGAUGAAGUAAAAACAUGGAUGAAAUCCUGUUCCCGUAUCAUCCGACUUUAGAGAAUGGUUAAAAUGAGUUAUUCUUAAAUGAUCUUUCAGAUCAGUAACAACCAUGCUGAGGAAAAAAACUGUAACACUUAAGGGAGGGAAAAAACAAGUUCCAAAUGCAUUUUGUCAUCGCUUAGAUACGGUGAUAAAAUUAUUGACACUUUUUAAUUAAAUUCAAUUGCAAUGGUAUAUGUAUAAAUUUCAUUUCAAAAUAUUUUAUGAAAUCGAAUGAUUUAUCCGGGAACUGGGCAACAAGCAUAUACAAGCCCUGUCUCUGGAUAAAUUUGAGUUAUCUUGAUCACGGGAUAGAAAAUUAAGAUAAAUAAUUAUGUAAGGUUUGGAAAUAGCUGUGCAGUCUCAAACUGAACAAUAUUGUAGUGAUCUCUUGGCAAUGCAUAUCUAUAGAAGUAAAUAUGAUGAAGAAUUGUAUGUACGCAUAUUAUGUGUUUAAACGUGUACUAGUCAUUGCAUUAUACAUUUAUGUCCCAAUAUCGUCUGAUCUGUUGAUAAAAAAAUAAUAACAUAUCAUUAUAUGUUUGAGGGGUCAAAUCAUUGUGGUCAUUUAAAAGACAUUUUAUCGUUAGAGCGAUUAGCACAGUCAUCAAUACCCAUUUUACUACUUCAACGACAAUAAAGUCAUUUUUACAAUUCGACUCUUUUUUUCAUUUUUGCAUUUUAGAUAAAUCGUAACUAUGUAGCUAGCACUAGAUUAAACGUUUUACCGGUAAAACAAAAUAACAGAACAUUUGUUUCAAUAUCUUGUUUCUAAAAAGAUUAAAUUAAAAAAAAAAGAUUUGGUUAUACUGGACGGAGUUUAUUGACUUUAUAAUGCGGCCGCACGUGAUUUUGUACCGAAAAAUCAUGUUUUGUAUUCAAAGAUUAAUUUCUAAAUGACAAAUGUAUUAACGAUCGAUUUGUUUCUUUUUAUAUUGUAUGUUGCUGAGUAUUGAUAUUUGAAGCAAAUAAAACAAAGACUAGAAUAGAAUUGUUUUAUGGUACUGUUCUGCCAUCGCUCUAUACUGUAUCUAUAAAGAAGAGAGAUUAACGUUGUCGCAUUUGACUGAAGAGCCCCAAAAGGACGAAUCAGAUGGUAUAAUUCUAUAUGAUAAAAUCUCUUUAAAGGUGCUAUUUGAUUUUUGUCUUGUGUACAAUACUUUGGAGCUUUUCCAACUUCCUUCCACUUUCAAUAUAACAAAAAGAGUCAUUAUAGGAUUUCUUUUUCAUAAGAACAGGUUUCCUGGCUAGGAGUAUAUCUCUGUCCUAAAGGUUUUAAGCUUAUCAGUCAUGAUCUUUGAAUUAAUAAUUACUGGGAAUAAUUUCAAAACUAGCACCGGAAGAACAAGCAACCUAAAAUGCCGAUGAAUUUGGAGGAGAUACACUAAUUUAAAAGGAAAAUGAUUUACGAAAAGCUGUAUACAGAAGAUUGGGGAGACACUAAUUUACUGGAGUUAAUUAAUUAGCUACUGAUGUCAUGACUCUUCAUCAGCUAUGUCAUUUUGUUCAGAAACAUUGCUAUAUAGACAUCAAUAUUGUCAUGUUAUUUUAUAUGAAAAAUAUAUGUUUACAUAAACGUUGUGUAUAUUAAAAUGAAGAACUGAA